AUGUGCAAGUACACGUGUCCGGACAGCCCUGCAUAAUAUAUAGCAUGCUGACUCCCUGUUUCGACGUGACCCAGGAUGAUGCGUUCAUCAUCAUUACCAUGCGUGUUCCUUUUGCAAAGGCCGCAGAGGCGGAGUUCUGUAUUGAUGGGACCUUCUUCAAGUUCUAUUGCAAGCCCUACUUCUUGAGACUCUGUUUACCCGGAGAGCUAGUGGACGAUGGGCGCGCGAGAGAGCAGUACACGACAUGUGAAAGUAGCACAUACCAGUCUUAGGUGCUAAGCUGCAUGUUGGUGUCCACUUUGAAAACCUGGGCAUGAUCACAUCACUUCUCUCCAGAAACAACCAACUUCUAAAACGGCCGCAGAACCCACUCAUGAGGUCUUACCAGGUGCUGGAGCUACAGAAGAAGAAGUGGAGGAGGAGGAGUUUGAUUGGCAGAUUGAUCAGGAAAUGCCGGUGGAAGAUAAGCCAGAACUACUUUUGGGGAAGCGCUCAUCAGCUUAUGGGUUUUGCUGAGCAACACACUGCAGUGUUAGCAAGCUCCAGCAAGAGCUGCCUGCACUAGUGGAUUGCCCUGACCCUGAUGGCAUGACAGGUCACGAGAGAAGAGUGGCCCGACUGGCCCAUGAGGAGGCCAGUUUCAACCCUCAACACUACCUUGCUGAUCUAAUGGAUGGUGCAGAGAUGAUGGAAGCCCUGUGCCAGUUCCAGCCUCCUUGGUCCCAGCAACUAGUGGCUUGGACAGACAAGAAGAAGAGGUCUGAGGGAACUACCACUACAGCUAAAGGGAAAGGCCAAAGAGAACCUGACCAGGAUAUUAUUCCAUUUACUGACGAAGAAAGGGUGCAACUGAAAGAGCUACCUAACAAAGAGUAUCUCCUGGACAAGGCAACACGGAGAACCCUGUACUUGGGCCUAGUGGAUGUAAUAUUUGCCUAUGCCUAUGACUAUCGCAUCACAGAGGGUGAACACAAUGUUGAAUCGGCAUGGAACAUCUGCAAGCUCAGCUCUACUCUUUCCUGGCUAGAGGCGUUCAGAGGGCGUGUGGAGGAAGUAAUAUACUGCAGUGCCAGGAGAUGUCUUUGCUACCCUCUCUACAGACACUGGCAGUUGGUGCAGUGUGUCCUACAUGAUACUACACAACUCUUUCUACUGGGACGGAGGAAGUUGCUGCAGUGUCUGCUGGACAUUAGGAGAAUUCUCAACUCCUCCGAACCAUACUAUGUAAUGAACAACCUCUACAUCACUGACUACUGCGUCUGGAUCCAGAGAGCCAGCUCAAGACACAUCCAGAACCUGGCACUUGAAUUGAAGCAGGUGAAGAUGGAGAAGAGUAGCAUGGGUUGGGAGCUGGCAGAGUUGGAGCAGGCAGCUCGUCUGGUGGCAGCAGAGAGAGACGACGAGGCCUCCACCUGUGAGUCAGGUGACUCCGCCAGUGACGAGGGAGAGACUGAAUCUAGCAGUAGCGGUGAGACUGACUCCGACAGUGAAGGAGAGACUGAAAGAAACACCAUGACCAAAUCCACACCUGGUGCUGCAAACCCUGCUAUUGAAUCUACAUCUGAUGCUGCUCGAAAUACCAGAGAGAGCUUGCCACGAGCUACAAAACACAUAAAAGCCCAGAGUCUCCCCUCACUGAACUACAACACGUCAAUGGUGAAAGCAGAAGGCACCAACUCGACCGUCUACAAGGAACAGCCCAAGGACCAGAACCCAGCCACAGAAGACAGAACAGCCCAGCAUCUUUCCCCACUGGUACCUAACCACACCAGCUCUGCGAUCAAGGCAGAAAGUCAAGGCCCUGCCUCCACCCUCUGCAAGGAACAGAACCCGGAUACAGAAGACCAAACAGUCUCCCCACUGAACAACAACACCUCCACGACUGAGCACUCCAGGGACAGGGUCGUGGAGGAGCUAAGUGAAGGUCUUUGUACCUUCCUCACCAUCCACCAGCCACCCAGUCCCCAAUGCCCACCCACAACUUCCCUUGCAGGUCGGAAUCUGAUAGAGGAA